GGCUUCCUCUGCGAGUGGGGCCGGGGCUUUGCGUCGGGUCGGCGGCCGCGGGAGGGGAGGGUCCGAGGUCUGCUCCUGGGCUGAGAGCUGAGGGAGGGACGGGGAUCUUGACGGUGCCUGGAGCCGCCCCCGCCCCAGACCCUCUGUCACCGCCCACCUCUGGAUGGGCCGCGGAACUCUCGCCGCCUCUACUGAGGUGAAUCCCGAGCCGCUGCCUGGCCAUGCCAAAUUCCUUGCUGUGGGCUGUGGAUAUUUUUGGGAGAGUGUACACGCUUGCCACAGCUGGCCAGUACUGGGAACUCUGCAAGGAUGCCCAUCUGGAGUUCAAGCGAGUCAGCGCAGUGAAGCAGUGCUGCUGGGGGAUCGCUUGUGACAAUCAAGUCUAUGUGUACGUGUGCUCCAGUGAUGUCCCCAUCCGGCACCGGGAGGAAACCUACGAGAACCAGCGAUGGAAUCCAGUUGGUGGUUUCUGUGAAAAGCUCAUGCCCAGUGACCGCUGGCAGUGGAGCGACGUGAGUGGGCUCAAGCACCAACAGCUGGAUAGUUUGGUGCUGCCAUCACCACACUGGGAGUGGGAGUCUGACUGGUACGUGGAUGAAAAUUUUGGAGGGGAACCCACCGAGAAAGGGGGAUGGACGUAUGCCAUGGACUUUCCUGCCACCUACACUAGGGACAAGAAAUGGAACUCUUGCGUUCGGCGGCGGAAGUGGAUCCGCUACAGGAGAUACAAAUCCCGGGACACUUGGGCCAAGAUUCCAUCCCAUGAUGACCCUAAACAGCUGCCUGACCCUUUCAAUGAUCUCUCCAUUGGAGGAUGGGAAAUCACAGAUGAACCUGUAGGUCGACUCUCUGUUUGGGCAGUUUCUCUACAAGGCAAGGUAUGGUACAGAGAAGAUGUCUGCCACCCAAACCCUGAGGGCUCUUCUUGGUCUCUCGUAGAAACCCCUGGGGAAGUUGUACAAAUCAGCUGUGGGCCCUAUGAUCUCCUUUGGGCCACCCUCUGGGAAGGACAAGCAAUGGUUCGAGAAGGAAUUGAUAGGAAUAACCCCAAAGGCAGUUCCUGGUCAAUAGUGGAACCGCCAGUGCCUGAAAAUGGGAUCCUGCACAUCUCUGUUGGUGUCAGCGUGGUCUGGGCAGUCACUAAAGACAGAAAAGUCUGGUUCAGAAGAGGUGUCAACUCUCACAAUCCCUGUGGUACCAGCUGGAUUGAAAUGGUUGGAGAAAUGAUGAUGGUAAACGUAGGGUUAAAUGACCAGGUUUGGGGAAUUGGAUGUGAUGAUCGAGCAGUUUAUUUCCGACAAGGUGUUACACCAAGUGAGCUUAGUGGAAAAACAUGGAAGGCCAUCAUUGCAAACAGAGAGAAUGACCGAUCUCACACUGGCAGCUCAUCCAGCCUCCUUAGUGCUGGCUGUUUCUUCGGUGAUGAAGUGAGAGGCAGUGGUGAUUCCUUGGCUCCAAGUGACACUGAUACUUCCUCUGAGGCUGAGAGGCCAGGGCUGCUGUCUGAGUAUGAGCCUUCCACAGGCAACAGCAGGCCCUGCCCUGAGAACUCGGUGGGCUCAGGGACUCAGGCAGACUCCAGUGAAGAGGAGGCAGCCUCCUCUGGCAACAGAGAGGGGAAAGCUCAGGCCACAGCUCCAGCUGAGCUCCCUUGGACCAACAUUGACCUGAAGGAAACCCGGAAAGUCUCUCCCCACUCAGCAGCCUGUUAUGCCGAGACUGCCAGCCUCUCUUCUCUGGGGCUCUUUCCUAUGGGUUUGGAGGAGGGCUAUGGAGCUGAUGAUCACCCAUUGUGGGCCUGGGUGUCUGGAGGAGGCUGCACAGUGGACACACACACAGUUCUGAAGUGGUUCACUAUUCAGUCAGGUUUCUCCACCUCCAUGCAGACACUAUCCUUGUCUAUCACUCCGGCCCAGACAGCAGCAUGGCGAAAGCAGAUUUUCCAGCAGCUCACUGAAAGGACCAAGCGAGAACUAGAGAAUUUCAGACACUAUGAGCAGGCUGUUGAGCAGUCAGUGUGGGUGAAGACAGGCACGCUGCAGUGGUGGGCAGACUGGAAGCCCCACAAGUGGAUCGAUGUCCGGGUGGCGCUGGAGCAGUUCACUGGGAAUGAUGGAACUCGAGACAGCAUCCUUUUCAUCUACUACAUGUUCCAUGAGGAAAAGAAGUACAUCCACAUAUUUCUCAAUGAAGUGACGGUGCUGGUUCCCGUGCUAAAUGAGGCCAAACAUUCGUUUGCCCUUUAUACCCCAGAGAAAACCAAACAGAGGUGGCCCAUCCGUCUCGCUGCCGCUACUGAGCAAGAAAUGUAUGAUUGGCUUGCUCUACUCAGUACAUCCUGCUCUGAAAGCCGAAGGAUCCAAGGCCGCCCUUCCCCCCAGGCCAUCUGGUCUGUCACUUGCAAAGGAGAUAUUUUUGUGAGUGAGCCCAGUUCCGACCUGGAGGCACUCGUGCAUCCAAUGCCAUGUGACCAAAUGUUUUGGCGUCAGAUUGGGGGCCACCUUCGGGUAGUGGAGUGUAACAGCCAUGGUGUUGUGUGGGGCAUCGGUUAUGAUCACACAGCCUGGGUGUACACUGGAGGAUAUGGUGGAGGCUUUUUUCAAGGCCUGGCCAGCAGUACCAGUAACAUCUACAUGCAGUCAGAUGUCAAAUGCGUUUACAUCUAUGAAAACCAGCGCUGGAAUCCUGUCACGGGCUAUACCAGCAGGGGUCUGCCUACUGACCGCUACAUGUGGAGUGAUGUGACUGGGCUGCAAGAGUGCACAAAGGCCAACACCAAGCCUCCCUCCCUCCAUUGGACAUGGGUUUCCGACUGGUAUAUUGAUUUCAACAUUUCUGGUGGAACUGAUCGAGAAGGAUGGCAGUAUGCAAGUGAUUUUCCAUCGUCUUAUCAUGGAUACAAAACCAUGAAGGAUUUUGUCAGACGGAGACGAUGGGCAAGGAAAUGUAAGCUGGUGACCAGUGGGCCCUGGUUGGAAGUCGCCCCCAUCUCUCUCGGGGAUGUCUCCAUCAUCCCUGGUUGUGAGGAAGGCAGCAAGGAUUCGAUUGCCCUUUGGGCCAUCAGUGACAAGGGAGAUGUUCUCUGCAGACUGGGCGUAUCAGAGCUCAAUCCAGCGGGUUCGUCCUGGCUGCAUGUUGGCACGGAUCAGCCUUUCAUUUCAGUCUCUGUCGGGGCUUUUUACCAGGUCUGGGCCGUGGCCAGAGAUGGCUCAGCAUUCUACAGGGGCUCUGUGUCCCCCAAGCAGCCAGCUGGUGACUGUUGGUACCACAUUCCUUCUCCUCCAAAGCAGAAAUUAAAGCAGGUGUCAGUGGGACAGACAUCAGUAUAUGCACUAGAUGAAAAUGGCAACUUGUGGUACCGACAGGGAAUCACCCCCAGCUACCCACAAGGAUCCAGCUGGGACCAUGUCUCCAAUAACGUCCGCAAAGUUUCUGUUGGCCCACUGGACCAGGUCUGGGUCAUUGCCAAUAAGGUUCAAGGAAGCCACAGCCUGAGCUGUGGGACUGUGUGUCACAGAACAGGAGUGCAGCCCCGGGAGCCAAAAGGGCAAGGAUGGGAUUAUGGCAUUGGGGGAGGAUGGGACCAUAUUUCAGUCCGGGCCAAUACCACCAAAGCCCUGAAGAGUGUGUCACAGGAGACAACGGAAGACAAUUUCUCUAGGACAACGGACCUCGAAGAGGGAGAUGGGAGUGGAGAGAGCAGCUUCUUUAACAAGACGAUGCUUGUCAUGAAUUCACUACAAGAGGUCAAUGGCAGUGCCGUGACCUGCUGAAGAGUCGAGACACCCUUUGCUGGCUUCGGGGAACUUGAAACAGGAGGCUGUUUCGGCAGCAGCAGUUCCCUGUUGCUGCUAGAUUUUGUAGGGUCUAGAUUUGCUAUUGUGAGCCUUUUACAAUUAAAUUUAUUUUAUUCUUGUAUUGGAAUAUUACUGUUUGUCCAGGGAGAGAAGACAGGCAUAGAGCCUGUGUGAGGUUUGAGGGAGGUGGCCAUUUCAGAGGCCACCCCACCGCCUCAGAAAUGUGAAUUUUUGUGUCAUUGCACUUUUGUCUCAAAUCUGGUAAAUGUCUUUAAUUUUAUCUUUCCAUGUCUCAUGGAAUGUCUGACCCCUACAUCCUUGUUCUGGUCGAGUCCUCCUCCCCAGAAGAACCACAGUCAUGGGAAAUAGCUCCUUUGUUCCCUACUGCUCUCUCUCUCUCUCUGUACUCAACUAUCACUACAAAGUACCAUCACUACUAAGGUCUGAGUCGUGGUUUGGGAGCAUGUCCUGUUGGUAACAGCAAAGAGGAGGCAGAGCCCUGGGCCCUGAGCAGCCUCCUUACUGCAGAUGGGCCCAGGUGAAGACGAGAGAAGAGAUUCCAGGGUUGGAGGAAAGAGUUUUGGGGGACCCCUCCCUCCCAGAGGGGGAGUUGUCAGCACUGACCAGUCCUUUUGUCUCUGUCCAUACCUGAAUCAUUUCUGAGCUGGGAGCCCCAGAGUCCCUUCUUGAGCUGCCCUCUUCCUCCUCCAGAAAGCAAUGAUCACAAUACUGUGCUCACACAGUUCGCCUAUGCCCCUGGUAUUUCUUAGAGCCUAACGUUGGACUUCAGUGGGGAAGGAAGGUCCGGAGAGUUGUGAGAUUGGAGGCAACAACCAGAUGGCCAGACCUCCCUCACUCACUGUUGUCUUAUUUCAUUUUUCUUUUCCUUUAUUUUUUCCCUUUCAUUUAAUGAGGCUGUAUCUGCAUAUAAAGCGGGAUUUCAAAACCAAACAAAAUGGAUAGACUUAAUCCAACCACAACCAGUUAAUGAAGUGGUUGUUUAAAAAAAAAGUUGGACUUAAUUCAGCCGUGUCUCUGUGUGUAGACAUAAUACUACUGAGUUUUCCUUAUUUUGUUGCUCUUUACUUGUGUUGCAAAGGAACGUGCUGCCAUGAUUAGAAAGAAUUAAUUUGAUAUGCCGUUAGAUUAGAAAGAGAGGCGAGUUUUAGGAAACUGUAGUUUGUCCAAAAAACUUGAAUUGACAUCGCUCUGAGUAGUCAUUAACUUAUAUUAUUAUAACCAAAUAACGCUAAGGCCAAGGAAGGAAGACUAGACUUUAGGAGUAGGCACCUUUCGGGGAGAGGGCAGUUGUCUUUCUCAGCCCAUCCCCCUAAAGCACUCAGUAAUACUCGUUUUUGAGUUCUUCAAUGAACUGCCCUUAUGAGAUAAGGCUUGCUGUUCCACUCAGAAACACCACUGCCCCCAUUCCAUCACAUGAAUCAAAAUGCACUUUGUUAAACUGAUGAGUCAGCUGAAUCAGUUUAUUAAGUUGCCCUUGCUUUUGAUCCGCUUUACACAGGGGCAAUGAUGGAUAAUUCUUCUGUCAUUUUAUUAUCAGAUUUACAUCCUCUUGGUGAAAUCUCUAGUUUGUCUUUCCAAACUAGGGACCUUUGCAUGUGCUGUGAAUCAAAAACAAAUGCCCAUUCUGUUAUUAUUUUAAGAUUAAAUAGAAGCUGAUUUAUAAUUAGCUUUAUCCAGAAUCAUCAUCCUUUUAGUUUGAUCUAUUUUCUUCUGUUGUUAGGAGAGAGGACAGGCAUAUGUUUAAUUAUAUUCCUCUAUAUUGUGUUUUAUUACACAUGAACAGGAUUUUGAACGAAAAGUUGCUUUGUGACUUCAUCUCAUGAACCAGAUUUGAAGUCCUGAAGUGAAGUCUUUUUUGCAUGUAUUGUGUCUUCUGGCAUCUUUGACACCAGGGUGUAGAGUUUGGAUGUCCCAAAUGGAAAACUAUUCAAGAUGGUUUGCCUGAAAAAAGAGAGAAGCUUGUUUACUUACAGUGGGUCGAUUUCCUAUCUUGUUUACAUGUUGCAUUUCAAGAUUUCCUUGUAAAUGGGCAUUAUGUUCUGUAUUUUCCUAAAAAUUACUUCCAGGUUAUGCUAUCAAUUUCUAUUUGUUCUCAGAACAAACUACUUUAUGGGUUUUAACUCUGCACUCACUCAAAGGGCAAACUUGUUCUUUUUCCCUUUUGAGAAUCAAAUGUUUACAUGUUCAACAUUACCACAUUCUCUCAAAUUUCCAGGAUUCUUUGAGUCAAUAAAAUAUAUUCCAAAAUAAAA